UCUAAGAAUUUUCUUAAGUAUAUACUUAAAUUUCUUAAGUAUAUACUUAGCUAAGUAAGAUUCUUAAGUUCCGUUGCAUAAAACCUCUAAGCAACAUGCUUAGUUGUUUUUAGCUAAGUACAUCGCAAUAUGCUUAAGUUUAUCGUUGCUAUGUCAAACGUCAUUUCCGCUUUCACUUUACCGUAAACACAGAUUGCAUGGAGUUGAACAUUUUCUUGAUAAGUCUCUCUUGUAUCGCUAAUAAAUGAUGGAAUACUAUAAUUUUUUGUGUUAUGCAAGGUUAAUAAAAUAAAUAGACCAAAAAUCAAAUGUCGUUUUAUAUGACGUUAUCUCCGAUUUUAUCGUCUGCAUCUGCAUUGAUCCUUGAAAAUAUGGCAGAAAGAGAAGGUGUUGAGAGUCAGUCAUUACAGACAACUAAGAAAAGAAAACCGAAUUGGACAGCAGAUGAAUGCUUGUUUUUAAGCAAGUGUGUAGAAGAACAUAAAAGUAUCCUUCGAGCUAAAUUCGGAACGGGGGUUACGACAUUAAAGAAACGGGAGAUUUGGAGGAAAAUCACAGAUGCCAUCAAUGCCUCUUCCUCCACCAAGUGAACGGUGGAGGAGGUUGAGAAGAAAUGGCACAAUAUACAGAUGAAGGGGAAAGCAGAGCUGGCAGACGCACGACGUAGUGUGAAACAAACGGGCGGUGGACCAGCGGGAAAACCUUUAACGCCAUUAGCAGAAGCAGUUGGGAGUGUUAUUGGUACCAACAAUAUAAGUAUCAGUGGGAUCCCUGGUACAGUUGACACAACAUAUCUAAUGCUUGACAGACAAAAGAUCAGCACGGAAACCACAGCGAGUACGAUUGAAUCAGAUGGCCUUGUGACUCAAGAUCUCCAUGUCAUCAGCACCAGUGAAUCUGGAGAUGGGCAGCAACAAAUAAACUUUGUUACUGUCCCACAGCCAAACGCAUGUCCUACCAAUGUUUGCACCCACACCGUAAUACGGAACUUUCGGGAUGUGCCGGAACACCCGAUUAUAUUUGACGUUUAUACAUCACGGUCACGUGAUAAUAACCAAUUGUAGGGCAAAGUUGACAUUGAUACAAAUGGUGUUUCGCUAGCGGACAGCCCGUAAAGAGCUAAGCGCUGUCCUACGAUGACGAUCCAAGUCACUAUUGGUGCUUAGUACCUGGGAGUAAGUUAGAUGGAAGGGGAAAGGCGUAUAUAGACACGUAUGACUGGAUGCAAGGCGUGAAGUUUUACCGACAUCCUCAAGAUAUUCCCUAUAUUUAUUUCCCUCGCCAACUCACAUUAUUUAAUCAAAUGCAUUUUCCUAUAAAAUGGUUGUAGUGAUUCCUUACUUUCAAAGAUAGCAUUUAAAUGCAGGAAUUUGAUAGUAAAUGAAGUAUUCCAUGCUUGUUUACUUAGUUGUUAUUGUAAUCCAGAAGUGACAUGCCCUACAAAUUACGUUCAACGCGCGAUGAAAGUCAGAGUGGAUCCGUAUCUCGAAAGUCCCGUAUUGUCCCGCAUCUGCAGAAGCUAGAACUAGAAAUUGAGAAUCUCACCCUCCGAAACAAGUUUAUACGACUUCAGAUUGAAAGAAUUGAAGGAGUAGAUACAAGUAGUGAAUUAUAAGCGCUUUGACACGAAUUUACUCACAUUUAGUAAUUAUCAAAUAGUUCUAUAAUCUUGAAUUAAAUAAUGUUGCCAGUACUUUUUUAAUUAUUUGUAUCUUUUCAUUUACUGUUACGCAGUGACCACAUACCUGUUUAUAUAAAAUGA